AUGAGCCAGUUAAAGCUGCCACCAUACCAAAAGCGCAAAUGUUCCACAAAUCGGCCAUCAACGCUAAGCAUCGGUGGCGGUGCCGUGUCGCCGACGGUGACGUCGCGAUCUCCACUUGGGUACGGGCUCCACAGUCCCGAUGAGUGUCCUUCGCUUCCUGAGGGUAUCGUUCCGUUCAACAGUCAAGUGGCGGGCCACGCGUUUCACAAAGGCACCGGCUCUUUGGGUCUACUGAAGUGUACCGACGAUGGGUCCGUCCUCAAACCGGCCGCCAAACUGCUGGCGGGCGCCAGGGAGAUUCGGUUCUACGAGCAAAUAAAAGGAGCCCCAGGCGAUCGGAAAGAGUUGUUGCUGUUGCGUGAAAUUACUCCCCAGUACCGGGGACACCAGGUGUUGCCGGUGAAUGGUGAGUUGAUGGAAUUCCUUAAGCUCGAAGACUUAACCCACGGCAUGCUGGACCCGUGCAUAAUGGACAUUAAAAUCGGUCGCCGAUCGUGGGACCCGAUGGCCACGGAGGAGAAGCGUGCCUACGAGACGUCGAAAUACGUCGAAAGCCGCGAAGCGUACGGUUUCUGCAUUCCGGGGUUCCAGUUCCGUUCGCUGCACAAUGGACGGCUUUUGCGGUACGGCAAGGAGUACGGUAAGAAGCUGAACGAGGUAACGGUGAAGGAUGCAGUGCGCAAGUUUCUCAACGCCGACCAGGGCCUCUGCCGGCAGCAGUUGAUACAGCUGCUGACCGAUCUGUGGAACAUUCAGAAAUGGGCCCGAACGCAGACGGCGUACCGGCUGUACGCCAGCUCGGUGCUCCUGGUGUACGAUGCGCGUCGCCUGAAACCGGUGCUGCAGAAACGAUCGCCACGAACUCCUACGACUCCCGCGGGGCUUCUGUCAACCGGUGGGACGGCGGUUUCGACGCCGACCGGUCGCCAAAGUGGAAGCAACACUCCGAUAAGCACGCCGACCUUCUGUACGACCACCGUCAACGAAAUGGGGGACGUGGAACCGUUGCAGCACUAUUUCAAGAUUCAGCGCAGUCACUCGAGUAACCACGACUACGACGAGGACAUUAAAGUGAUGAAGGAAAACUACACCUUCAUGUUGGACAACCUGGCGGGCUCGUACGAGGAGAAGAUCUGGGCCAGGGCGCGCAUGAUUGACUUUGCGCACGCCUUUCCCGUCCAGCCGUCCGCCGAUGACAGGCCGGCCACGGUGGACCGAAACUACCUGGAAGGCAUCGACAACCUGGUGAAACUGUUCGAGGGCUUCCUGCGGGACUGUGAAAUUCAAAACAUCCCCAAACAAGGCGUCGCCUAG